CCGUGCUUGUGUGCACCACAGACUUCUAUCCUACAAUCCACGAUGUAGGUAGAAUGAUACAAUUACAGACUUCUAUAAUACUACUCUAUACUAUUGUUCUAUGAUAGGUACUACACUCUAUAGAAAUCUGUGGUGAGCACAGACGGCAUGUGCAUGUGACGAAUGUAUGCCCUUUAUCUAUGAUGAUGGGACUAAUUAGUAUACUUGUCUAUGAUUAGUACUGCGGCAGUAAAGCACUAAAGUUUAUAAUCAUAACUAUUUUUAAAGUUGAAUGAAAAAAAAUUUAAUUUAUUCUGUAAAGCUUGUAGUGACAUGCAGUAAUAUUGUAAUACCUAUCUAUAUUAUAUUAUAUUUAUAUAAUUUUUCAACUAUUCAUCUCAGUGUUUUUAGUAUGUGUACGGAACUUACAUAAUAAAUCAUAAUUGUAUCAACAAUAUUUUCUAAGAGUGGAUUAUGAAUUAUGAUGUUUGAGAAAUGUGAAUGCACACCCCCGCUACUGCUGGUGAAAUGAAUUUGUCGUCGGCUGACGACGACUUGGAUUUGAACGUUUUUGACCCAUACACACAAGCCGCGUUGCUCAGAGGAGGUUUUUUAUCAUCCAAAAAUAUUUUAAAGUAUACUGAGGCCGAAUUUAGAAAAAAAGUAAAAUUGACAGUAGUAGCCACUCACCGUGUGUUUAUUGCAGCAGCUAAUAUAAGUGCUUCAAACGUCAAGUGUCAUCAAGAGCCAAACAACCAUAUACUUACUACAGGCUGUAAGCAGAUCGAUAAACUUUUGGGCGGAGGCCUAUUUAAGUAUGGCAUUACAGAGAUAUCUGGCGAAAGCGGUUGUGGGAAAACACAAUUUUGCUUGCAGAUUGCGCUCACUGUCCAACUACCAUUAUCUCUCAAAGGAGCAAAAUCUGGAGCUGCAUACAUUUGUACUGAAGACCGAUUUCCCUCUAGUCGAAUACAACAGAUGAUUUCUAAUAUUCGUUUUAAGUAUCAAUGUGACAGUAAAAUUGAUAUGAAUGAAUUAUGUCAAACAGAUUAUGGAGACAAUAUUCUGAUUAGUCACAUAGCAACUGUGGAAGAUUUAAAAAAAUGUAUCCAUGAAAUGCUUCCAAGAGUACUGUUACACAGACCUAUAAAGCUUAUUGUCAUAGAUAGUAUAACAGCUGUAUUCCGUGGAGAAUACACACCAAGUGAAGUUCCUCGUAGAUCCAGAGAUCUCAGAGACAUAGCAGUUUUCCUACAUAAGCUAUCUGUCGAGCAUGGACUAUGGAUCAUAUGUGUUAAUCAGGUAACAUCAUCAAUAUCAGAUAUCGGCGGAAAUAAAUUAGUUCCAUCUUUGGGACUUGCGUGGGCGAAUUUAGUGACUACUAGACUUAUGAUGUCCAAGACACAUUCUUCUAGAUACAUUGAAGUGAUGUUCAGCCCACAUACAGCUCCAACAACUAUUCCUUUUAGAGUUACUGAACAAGGAAUUGUCUGACUAAACUUGAAUGCAUUUUUUAUUCAACAAAAGUAAUU